GCGUCUGUCAGUUGUCUGUUCUAAGCUUCUCUAUUCUAAGUUUUUCUAAUCUAAGUUUCUCUAAUCUAAGUUUGCUUGAAGUUCAACGGCAUAAUCGACCCCGCAUAUUCUGCGCGAACCCAUGCGGGCGGAUUGUUCCUACUGAUAUAUAUGGGCGCUCAACUACCGCAUUGGGUAAUGCAGGUUGCCUGAACUGCCAGCUCUCGAAAGUACUCGACUUUGGACCGACUUUGUCCUCCUUUCCUCCUCCCCUCCCCCUCUCUUCACCCUCCCGCUCGGUGUUUCGCCUGUAUGCAACGACGCACAGGCAAGCCCGCACCUCACAUCUCACCUCCACUCACGCCGUCACACAUGGGCGGCAGCAACCUGAACUCUUUGAGCGAAAAGGCUCCCUCCCGACUCGCCCAAAAGUCUUUUGGCGUCACAAAUCGAAUAUGGCUUAUCCUCGCGCUAUUCGUUUCUCUCAUUCUCUUCACGCGAUUCGUUCUUCCGACGGAGCAGCCCUCGAAUUCGAGACAUCGGUUGUUGCAUUCGGAUUUGAAGCCCAAGAAUUAUCUGAAUGGGAGUUCGUUGGAAGGAGAAGAGAACCCGUUUGCGUUUUGUCCUGCGUUGGGACCUGGCGAUGAGCUUGCGCAGAAGUAUGAUCCUAUGUUGCUGGCGAAGACGAGGUUUCAUCUUGGAAGUGGGGCGAGAGUGCAGAGAGUGAUCACUAGGGCUUUGUCGGGACAUCCGGUCACUAUUAGUGUUGUCGGUGGUUCAGAUGUGAUAACACCCCAUCGCUGCGUUCUUAUCUGAAUAUGUCUUCCGUUGGGUGGCGUACGAUGUGAUCAUCCUCAACGAACCUGAGCUCACGAUGGGCUGCUGUACUUCAAAUAUACCCAUGUCUCAAUUAUGCCGCUUCUUCGUUUACUGAUACGUUUGACCCCUUAGUAUCCGCUUGCCACGGUGCAGGCGACGACCCUCUAUCACCCACCUGCUAUCCAUCACGGUUCUUCAGCUGGUGGAACGACGUCUUCCCUCACCCGGCAUCCGAGCUCACUAAUGGGGCUAUGCGUCGUACAAACUCGCAAUAUUUCUCCUUUUGCAAUGCCCAUCAUGUCCCUGACGUCACAGAUCUUGUCAUUGUGGAAUUAGACGUGGACGACGAGUUGGAUGCCUCGUCAAUGGAGAACUUUGAGCUUCUUAUUCGGUCCCUGUUGCUUCGUUCAGACCAGCCUGCUGUAAUAAUUCUCGGUCAUUUCAGUCCGCAAGUUCAAGAAUCGAAUGGCUUCCUCGGCCCCGACCAUUGGCAUAGCGUCGUCGCACAGUUCUACGACGUUCCGCAUAUCAGUGUGAAACCUUUGUUGUAUGAUCAGUACAUGUCCGAGCCCACUUACGUUCUUCGGAAAUACUAUGCCGACCCUAUCCUGGCUAACGCAGCCGGCCACGAAGUCAUCGCAGACGUCCUCAUCUCCUAUUUCCAGUCACGAACAUGCGCUGCUUGGGCUUCUCUCACUGGCACUGCUUCCGAAGCCCUCUUAGGUCCUGGGGUACCUUUCGCACCUGGCAGCAAAAUCGCUGGCGCGAAAGUGCCUACCGAUGCCAAGGGUAUAUUUGGUGGUAUAGGUCAGAGGAUUGGUGCUGCCGGAGCCGCUGCUUUUGAACCUUUGGUCCUACAUGGCGAUGAUGAUGAUGAAGUUGACCCUGUUGUCAACAAGAACCCUGCACCGGGCAAUGUUGAAAAUCCGAAGCAAGCGGAGAAUAAUGUUCGACAAGCUGUUCCUCAACAGAAUCAGAUCAACCAACUGCUUUAUCCACACUUCCGUGUGCCCCCAUCUCGAAUCAAUGCCAGACCAUCUGAUUCACCGCCUCCAGAGGUCUCGCCGUUUUGCGUCUCCGCCAAUGAUCUCGUGAAUCCUCUCCCUGCUUCUCUCUUUACUGGCUCUGGAACAGGCUGGAGCGUGUAUCAUCCUGCACCGGGGAGUGCGAAACUUUCAUCACAUGCGCACUAUUGGUACUCCAGCUUGCCUACGAGUAGACUGAGAGUAAGCGUGCAAGUGAGUACAGGGGAUAUCGGGAUUUAUUACUUGAAGGAACCGGUUAGUGGAGUGGGUGAGGGAAGUGCGGUGGAGUGUUGGGUUGAUGAUAAUUAUCAGGGAGCACUGUUGAUUGAGAAUGCGGCUAAUAUUGGAGAGUCUAAACCUGCGCUGGAGAUGAUUGACCAUAACGUUAUUGCGGGUUCGCAUUUCGUCGAAUGUCAAUUGACAGGCGAGGAAGACGAUAGGAACGUUCCGCCCUUCAAGAUCAUCGGAAUCUUCGCCUCAUAAUACAACCAACCCUAUUGUGGCUGCUCGUCGCUCAUGCCCAAACUUACGAGGAUUUCACGCUCCAUACGUAACAUCCAAGAGGUCUGAUUUCCCAAGCAAGACGUCAUCACGCACAAACACAUAUCUACUUCUUCGACGCCAAGGACUGAUCGACCUCGUUGCACUCGUUUCAUAGACGCACUCGUUUUUAGAAUGCCCUACUACAGCUGGCUCUCGGGAAGCAUUUCAAGUUCCUCCUCGCAUUUUCGUUCGUCAUUACAUUAUAUACCAUAGUACUAAAGAACUUUUUCUUAUGUAUGGAUUUCUGAAUGGUUGGCUUGUACGUAUGGGCUGAAGUACAGACUAGGAUUCUCAUUGAGGAUGAAUUGGCAACGAAUUGGGUUUGUGAACCUACGUGAUCGGUGACUUGUGAUCGAGCGAUCUUUGCAGAAAACCUUC